AUGAUGGAAGUCGAACACGCUGGACCCAAACCCGUUGGACGUCAAACCCGUCCCAGGAGCGCAUUAACCCGUUGGACGUCGAACCCGUUGGAUGAGGAAGUCGAACACGCUGGACCCAAACCCGUUGGACGUCAAACCCGUUGGACGUCAAACCCGUUGGAUGAGGAAGUCGAACACGCUGGACCCAACCCGUUGGACGUCAAACCCGUCCCAGGAGCGCAUUAA